CGGACGGCCGGAGGAGAAGAGUGGGAAGGCGGCGGCGGCGGCGGCGGCGGCCGGGCUGUCCCUCUUCCUCCUCCUUGCGGGGCUUUUCCGUCCGGUGGGGCCAUGAAGCCUGUGGGGGUGGCGGCGGGCGGCGGCGUCGGCCGAGAGGCCGGCGGCGGCGGCGAGCUGGCGGAGGCGCUGGGCGAGUUCGAGGCGCUGAUGGAGGACUUGGCGUCGCCCCCCGAGGAGCGGCGGCGGCGGCGGCGGCGGCAUUUCCACUACGAGGAGCACCUCCGGAGGAUGAAGCGACACAGCGACAGCAGUGGGGUCAGCGACUCCGAGAGUGCUGAUUCACUCUGCAGGAACAGCUUCAGCCUCAGUGAUGAAAAGCUAAAUUCCCCAACUCUGUCUGCUCCAGCUGCAGCCACUUCUGCAAUAGCAGCUCACAAAGCAAAGCUUGGAGACACAAAAGAACUGGAAGAGUUUAUUGCUGACCUUGAUAGGACCUUGGCAAGUAUGUGAAAAAAACUAUUUUGGCUGAAAUAUGCGGUGGAGCUGGAGCUGAUGGUGCCCACCUGUGGCAGGUGUCAGAGAAGGACCGUCUCCUGGGGUGGUUGCUGAUCACUCCCUCCUACCCUUGUAAACACAACGGUCAUGUCUUUUUGUGCAGAUAUGAAUAACAACUGUGCUGGGGCACUUUUUCGUAAGAUAGAGUUCAAGAUUAAUUUAUACAUACUUUAAUGAAAAUAUUUGUAAUUUUAUACCUCUAACUUUAAUACAUACUUGUUUUGUUUUUACAAUAUAUAUUUUUGUAUACACUUAAACUCUAAACUGGAAUUUAAAAGAAAAUUGAAGGGGUAUGUUUGCCAUUUUACAGUUGUAUCCUACCCUUUUCUCUAAGACGCUCACGCUAGUUAACUUGGGGAGUCUCUAUCCUGGUGCUGACUUGGCACAGGUCUGCGGCGCGUUCCUUCGGGCUGCCUGCUGCUCUCUUACCACUAGUCUUGAGAGCACAUGAAACUGGCGGGUGAUGCCACCUUCCUUCAGUUUGGUUGGUGAUUGGCUUUCAUUCUUCUCCUCCUCCCACUUGCAUUGAUUAAAGGCUGGGCUGGCUGUAGCAA